GUUUUCCGCAUCGUCAAGAGUCGCAUCUCCGAUCCUGCAGCCACCAUGCCUCACGGAAAAGUCAUCGAGGUUGACAACCCUGUCAUCUUCAAAGCUCUUGUCUCUUCCGGUCCCGUCGUCAUCGACUUCUUCGCAACCUGGUGCGGUCCUUGCAAGGCCAUCGCUCCCGUGGUCGGAAAGCUCAGCGAACAAUACACCAAUGUGCGAUUUAUCCAGGUCGAUGUCGACAAGAUGCAGCAGACCUCGCGCGAGUUUGGAGUGACUGCCAUGCCCACUUUUGUUGUGCUCAAGGAUGGCAAACCGGUUGGACAGCAAAUCCGUGGAGGAAACAUGAAGGCUUUGGAGGAUGGGAUCAAGGCGGCUACCGCGUAGAUUAUGUGGAGGAGAAGGAUAUAGAGGCUUCAUGUUGAUGAAUGAUAGAUCAAUACCCGGAUCAUAACCAAUAUUUCGUUUUGCCCAUGGAUACGAAUGAUAGAGUAGCAAUGCUGCAAGAUAAUCCUUGCUUCUAGAAUUUAGAAAGCGUUAUUAUUCAUGUGCACGUGAUUUCGUGACUCCCGCCAUUCACUCGAAUCCGAAG